AAAAAAAAAAAAUAUAUUUUCGAUUUUACAGGUGAAAAAACCAAAUAAAUAGAUAGUUUAAUGAAGUUGAUAUACGGUAGAUUUCGUUUUGUUAUUUGACAUAAGAAAAAUUGAUUCCAAUUGUAAGAGGUUUCCUUAAGAAGAAGAAGAAGAAGAUGAAUCGCUGUUAUUCUGCGAGGCCACACCAGAAAGACGAAUUCCGGACCACCGUCAAAGGAAAGGCAGCGCCGCAGCCUUGUGUCUUUGCCGAUGAAGAUCGCGACGACAUAGUUGUUACGAAGAAAGAAACUAUCAAAUCAUGGUUAAAGAUUCCCAAAUCGGAACUAAUGAACAAGAGAAGAUCGAAGAAGAAGUGGAGAACGAUGAUGCAAUUGGAUACGAUCGAAGGAAGGGAAAAAGCGGAGUGGCUCAAAGAAGCGCGUGAUUAUUCUUUUUUAUCGUCAGAUAAUUCAGACAUGACCACCACCUCGUGUGAGAAUAUUAUUAUUCCUCAAGUUCGCCGCCGUCCAGUUGUCUCAUCUGUUAUUAAUGAACCAAGAAAUAAUAUUCUCCGACGGCCCGUCAAGAAAUCGAUCGUGAAGGAGAAGGCCCCCGUUUCGAAGAAGCCAUUAUUAUCUUCCAAGAAUGAUUCAAAGAAAGAAACCCUAAUUUCAAAGGAGGAAAUUAUACUACCGGCAAAGAAGAAGAAGAAUCCAUUGCUAUAUCAGGAAUCUAGGAAACGAAAGCUAGUGGUGCAUGAAGAAGAAGACGAAGAGAUUAGCACCGUAUUUUCCGACAAGAGAGAACCCGUUAUUAGGGUUCCGACCAAAUUUUCCAACGAGAAAGAGGAGGUGAAGACAGAGGCUACGAACUUUGCUGAUAUUGAAAAGGAAGAAACACGGAGCGCCAAGAUCGCCAAGAUUGCAGAGGAUAAUCGACAACAAGAAGUAAUUACGACGAAGAAAGAGGAGGCGAAGACGGAGACUACUUGUACCAAGAUCGCCAAGAUUGCAGAGGAUGAUCAUCGAGAACAAGAAGUAAUCACGACGACGAAGAAGAGUCUGAGAAUUAGAAUCAAUAUAAAAACAGGUGUCAUGAUCAUGGUUUGAUACUAAAUCAAGAUUCCACCAUUGGUUUUUACAAGUUCCCAUCUCUAGCUAGGGCUCAUC